UUUCAACUGUUUAUAACUGAAAUAUAAUUAUCUAAAUUAAACCAACAGAGCAGUGAACAAGUACAAGCAACUAACAGAUCCAAUAAGUAACAAAAUAGAGACAAUCUGUAGAGACUUCGCAAAAGUCGUUACUGAAAUGAGAAGAAUUUUCUAUAAAUGUGCUGCUUCGUGCAGCCACUGAAAUUCUUCGCGCAGUUUUUGCUCAAUUGGGAUGGAUCGUCUCAUCCGCAAGAUCAGGCCUUACCUCCUUGCUUGGCUUCACCGAUCUCGUUCUGGCCCAGUAUCGUUUGUCAGGCGCUUCUCAUACAAAGAUAUAAAGAGGGCAACUGACGGUUUUCAUAGGAUACUGUAUAGUGAUUCUAAUGGGACUGCUUAUAAGGCCAAAUUUCAAGAUGGUGACGUUGUUCUGGUCAAGGAACUAAAAGAUCUAAAUCAAGGAAAUGAUGUUUUUUAUAAGCAAGUACAAUUUUUGGGGCGCUUGCAUCACCGUCACCUUCUUGCACUUAAAGGCUUCUCCACUGGUCCUAAGAGGUUGUUGGUGUUUGACAAUAUAGAAAAUGGAAGCUUGAAGGAGCAUCUAAAUGAUCCUCUUAAGACUCCCUUGAAUUGGAAUACCAGGUUACAGAUAGCCAAUGGGGUGGCAGCUGCACUGUUUGUCUACUUUAUAUUGCAGGAGUAUUUACUUCUCUUUAGCAACCCACCAAUAUAUCAGGUUUCCAUCAGCUCAAGUAAUAUCAUGCUAGAUGAGAACUUUACUGCAAAGCUCUCCAGUGUUGGCCCUCUUAGUUCUGUUGGAAAUUAUGUUACCAUGCCUCGUGCCUCAUGUGCAGAAGAUUGUAUGAAUCAAAGUUGUAGAAACAUAAUUUUCCAGCUUGGUGUGCUAAUCCUGGAGUUAAUAACCGGUCAAUCAUCCGAGAAAGGAAGCACUGAUUUAAUCCAAUGGAUCCAAGGAUCUCGUUUUCGUAAUUCGAUGGAAAAGAUGAUAGACCCAGAUCUUGGAAACAGUUAUGACUCUAGAGAGCUUAAAAAUCUUCUAGCAGUAGCAAGAUUGUGUAUAAAAUCUGGAGAUAACCCAAAAUUUUCCAUUCCUCGGAUAUUUCUGUAUCUGCAGAAAAAGGUAGAUAUCCCAUGAGACUAGUAUAUGCACUUCUUAGUUUCAUCCAUACGAAAUUCUUCUUAUUGUUGAAAUCCAAAUUGAACGUUUCAUGUAGUGCUAGUGCUGCUAUUCCUUUUA